AUGGCAGGGAGUCCGGCGCAGGAUCUCUGUGACGAAGCCAUUUGUUCCAUCUGCCUAGAGUAUUUCCAGGAUCCAGUCAUCAUCCCGGAGUGUGGGCACAACUUCUGCAGAUCCUGCCUGAGCCAGUGGUGGGAGAAAUCUGAGGCGGAGGCUUCCUGCCCCCAGUGCAGAGAACAAAUUAAGCAGAGGAACUUCAUCCCGAAUCAGCCACUGGCAACUGUUUUGGAAACGCUGAGAGCCAAAGAACUCAGUCUUCAGGGCUGGGAAACGGUAGGAGGAAAGGAGAGAAGGUGUGAGACACACCAGGAGCCCCUGAAACUCUUCUGCAAGGACCACAAAAGGCCCAUCUGUCUGGUGUGUGACAGAUCCAAGGAACAUGAAAACCACAAGGUGAUUCCUCUGGAGGAGGCUUCCCAGGAGUACAAGGUAGGAAAUCACUCUGGAUCAUGAUUUUGUCGACAAGGGAAAUAGCUGUAGACAUGUAGGACCAGUGCUUUUUUUCCUGGGGGACGCAGGGGGACGCAUACCACUAAACAUUUUGUGAAUCUUUGUAAUUUUGUCCAUUUACUGUAUUUAUUUUCCCCAGUUUGAACUAUAAAAUCAUGAUUUUCGUGAGUCAAAAUGAGAGUACCCCUAAACAUAUAUUUUAGGGGGGGGAGCACUGAGUAGGACAUACAACAAAUUUCCCCCCACAUUACCAAAAGCGAUUUCUCCAGGAGGAAUUCCUGUGCAGCGUUGUAAAAUCCUGCAUGCCUGUUGAAUUUAACUUUUUUUAAAAAAAAUAAUAAUUAUCCUCUCUACGAGAGUGCACAAAUCCUCAUUUGAAAUCUAAAAAAGUGAUUUAAAAGUUGAUUAUUGCUUGAUGCUUUAACUCGUAUAAUAGAUCCAUUGUUCUGAGACUUUGAUUAAAGCAAAACAAAUUUUGGGACCUCAAUACAUGGAAAAUGUACCCCAAAAAAGUACUGUGGUACCUCUGGUUACGCACUUAAUUCGUUCCGGAGGUCCGUUCUUAACCUGAAACUGUUCUUAACCUAAGGUUACCAGGUGUCCCUGUUUACCGGGGACAGUCCCCGGAUUUACAAACCAGUCCCCUGACAAAAUCCUAUCAUUCCUACUGAAGUGGAAAACUGUCCCCGGAUUAAUUGGAAAAAAUCUGGUAACCUUAUCUUAACCUGAGGCGCGCUUUCGCUAAUGGGGCCUCCCGCUGCCACCGCAAUACCGGCGCGCGAUUUCCGCUCACAUCCCGGUGCAAAGUUCGCUACCAGGAGACCUAGUUCCGGGCUAACGAAGCUCGUUACCCGAAGCGUUCGUAAGGAGGACAGUACGUAACCCAAGGUUCAACUGUAUAGAUGAAAGCAACCAAAGCAAUCUCCCAGGGAAAAUAAGAAGAGGGGGUUUGGGGGUUACGUUGCAACAACAAAAAAAGGACACUAAAGCAGGAUGAAGGCAACACAAAGUGACUUUGCAAAAAGUCAUGCUGUCUCAGUUUGGAGAAACCAGCUUGGACCUCUUAACACAUUGGAGUUCACAUAGUAGACUGAGAGAACAAUAGGCUUGCAUUCCUUCUUCCUAAGAUGAGCGGAAGUGACUUCGCUAAGCCUGACAGGACAGCUUACUCUAUGGCAGGGGUAGGCAACCUAAGGCCCGGGGGCCGGAUGCAGCCCAAUCGCCUUCUCAAUCCGGCCCGCAGACAGUCCAGGAAUCAGCGUGUUUUUACAUGAGUAGAAUGUGUCCUUUUAUUUAAAAUGCAUCUCUGAGUUAUUUGUGGGGCAUAGAAAUUCGCCCAUUUCCCCCCCAAAAAAUUAUAGUCCAGCCCCCCACAUGGUCUGAGGGACCUUGGACCGGCCCCCUGCUGAAAAAGGUUGCUAACCCCAGCUCUGUGGCAUUAACCCCUUCAUGCAUUGCUUAGAUUUAAGCGGGUUGAUUAUAUGAGGCUCGUUAUGGCACAAAAAAAUGUGUAGGCAACUGAACAACCAGCCAAGUACUACCCCACAGUGCCCCUCUGCAUGUGGGCUGGAGCAACUCCACUAGUAAGUGGGGCACACGAUAGAGGUUUAUGAUAGGGUUGCCAUAUUUCAAGAAGUAAAAAUCCAGACACAAAAAGUUGCUGAGCAAAACCCAGACAUUCCGCCCUUGGAAUCCUGGACAUGUCUGGGGGGAAACAGAGAUAUGGCAACCCUGUUAGUUUCUGUUUGCCACUGUGCAGCUGCUUAGAGUCACAAAACUCUGUUUACAUUCCAGAGACUUUCCAGGCUGUUGGAAGUCUCACGGAAGACAGGAGACGGAUGUGAUGUUUACUGGUUUCCUGUUCCUUUGUUUUCAGUUGCUCUCUGCUCUCACAGAGAGAGGAUGUGUUUUUUGUCUACGUAGUUAGGAAAAUAAAACUCUUUGCAAUGUAACCAUAAAUCUCAUCACUUCCAUGUGCUGCUUUGAUUCUCUGCUGGAUGGGAAUGUGCCUGAGGCCUCAUCAAAGGCUCAGAUCAUUAACUAUCGGAGGCGAUUCCGAAGGACUCGGCCAGAGGAAGAUGAGCUUUAUCAGCUUGGCCGAGCGGAGAUCCCGACAAAUCCUAGUUUGUGGGAUUGUGUGAGAUGUGUCAAAAGUGGAGGGGUGGGUUAAAUAGAAAACCUCAAGUUUCUCUGCUCAAACAUGAGAUGAUUACAGUGGUACCUCAGGUUAAGUACUUAAUUCGUUCCGGAGGUCCGUACUUAACCUGAAACUUAACCUGAAGCACCACUUUAGCUGAAGCACCUUCUUAACCUGAAGCACCACUUUAGCUAAUGGGGCCUCCUGUUGCCACCGUGCCGCCGGAGCAUGAUUUCUGUUCUCAUCCUGAAGCAAUGUUCUUAACCUGAAGCACUAUUUCUGGGUUAGUAGAGUCUGUAACCUGAAGCGUAUGUAACCUGAAAUGUCUGUAACCUGAGAUACCACUGUAUUCAUAAUCUGGACAUGGGAAGGAGCUCUCUGUCUGCCCCAUCUCGAGAGGUGUUGAAGCCAUAUUGAAUCUAGUAGCCUCCUCACCCCACUUCUGUGUUACAGUGGGGGAAAGAGGGCACCUCGGAGACCUUAGCAAAAAACACCCUGGAAUGACAGAGCAAGCAUAUCGAUCAACUUGCCUGUUCCAUGUAUACUAAAACAAUUAGUAAAUAAAAGUGGGAGCCAGACUGGAAUUUUGUUUUCUCUUCAGGAUCAGAUCAGCAGCUGCUUAGACAAUCUGAGGAAGAAGAAAGAGAAAACACUGGCAUUUAAAGCGGACGUAGAAAAAGAAAGUCAAGACCUGCUUGUAAGUUACUGUUCCUGGGAAGUGAAAAAGUGCUAUUGUCUAAAAAAGGGGGGUUGCCAAUCCUUUUGGACCAGUGGGCGCAUUUCAACUUUGGGGCGAGUGCUGGGGGCACUCUUCACAAAAUGGAUGCCAUGGGGAGUGUGGCUUCACUCAAAAUGAGAGAGACGUAUCCCAUAAUUCUUUCUAAAUGAACAUUUAUUUAACUCCAUUAUUUCUUUGCUGUUUCACAUUUCCUAUCACUUGUGGAAAAGGUCUCCUUUUUCUUUCUGACAUCUCCAACACGUGGCAGGGGUGGGAUAAUUUGUAUUUAUUUUGUUUAUCUUUACUGGCAUGGUGUACCACCUGCUCAUUAUUUUAUAGCAAUUUUCUGUUAUCCCUGAAUUCAAAGUAAACCUAUAUUCAGUUAACAAUAACUUCUCCCACACUUCCAAUUUCCCCCAAUGUUCUGGGAUAUUAAACCAUAAAAUUCUUCUGGGUCCGUACUGUAUUUCAAGAAAGACUGAUAACUUUUUACCAAAAUGUUCACCAAAUUUUCUCAAAUUUGUUCAGCUUGAUUAGGAGUUUUAAUAUAGCCUUGCAAUUUAGAACAGAUUCAAAAGCAUUCAGACCAUAAAGGAUUGCUUCCCACCGUCCAUCCCUUAAUCUCUAAAUAUGAAAUCAUGUGGUCCUUGCCUAAUUAAGGCCCAAAUGCUAAACAUAUACUUUUCCUACAUUUUAAACUUGGAAACAUCCUAUUCUAUUAUGUUUAUUAUUGAUCCCAAGGGAGAAAAUUUAGAGCUGGGCAGGCUUUUAUAUCAGUCCCAUAACCUUACCAAAUUAGAAAAUAAACAAUUUUCCAGCAAAAAUGGUCUGUUGUAUGUUCCCCAUAAUAUUCUAUUUAAUGGUACUUCAAUCAAAUUUGGCUCAUGUUUAGCUGUCUCCUCAUAGACAUUCAUAAUCCAUUCUACUACUCAAUUUAUUACAGCUGAAAAAUACAAAUCUGUUAUAUUUGGAAGUUGCAAACCUCUCUUCUUAGUAUCACAUAUAGCUCUGGCUUUCAGUCUCGGCUGGUUAUUUUGACAUUUAAAUUUUGGUAUCAGUUGCUGCCAUUUAUUCAGUACUGAAGACAAUAUUCUAACAGGUAGAUGUUGUGAGAGAAAGUUACUUUUAGGCCGAUCCUUCUGAAAUCUGACUUCUGGACGUUGCAAAGCCAGACUGUAUUUCUGAUAUUGUCCUCCUGUCUCUUCCUUCCACUUCCUUAUCGCAGAAACAAAUAGAAGCAGAGAAGGGAAAGAUGGUGGUUGAGUUCAAACGACUGCGCCAGUUUCUGGAAGAACAAGAGAAGUCUCUGCUGGCCCAGAUGGCAGAAGUGGAGAAGGAGAUUGCAAAGAACAGGGAGGAGCACCUGGCCAGACUCUCUGGGGAACUCUCCUCUCUUGAAAGCCUCAUCCGUGAGAUGGAGGAGAAGCGUUGGCAGCCAGCGAAUGAACAACUGCAGGUGAGGCCUCCUUCUGACGCUGGGAGAUCACUUCUGAAUUCUGCCCCACAUUUUUAAAUGUUGAUGAGAAGAAGAAGCUGAGUAGCGCACCUUGGCUACUUCCUCCCUGCUACUUGGUUUUUAACUUCCGGGAACUUUUGUGUUGUUCUACAGGGGAGCAGUCAUAUAUGAGGGGCUGUUGCAGACUUAAGAACUCCCUCCCCAGAGAAGCCAGGCUGGCUCCUUCCUUUCUGUCCUUCCAGUAAUAAUAAUAAUAAUAAUAAUAAUAAUAAUAAUUAUUAUUAUUAUUAUUAUUAUUUAUUAUUAUUAUUAUUUACACCCUCCCCAUCUGGCUGGGUAUCCCCAGCCACUCUGGGCGGCUGCCAACAUAAUGUUAAACAUUAAAAACUUCCCUAAACAGGGCUGCCUUCAGAUGUCUUUUAAAAGUCAGUUACUUAUUUACUUGACAUCUGAUGGGAGGGAGUUCCACAGGGAGGGUGCCACUACCAAGAAGGCCUUAUGUCUGGUUCCCUUUAACCAGUGGCAGAGGAUGGGGUGUGUGGUGGGUGCGGCUCGUCCUGGGUGUCAUCCCGGGGGGGGGGUUACAUCACAGCGCUGCUACCUCCGGGACGCUUGCUGUGGGCGGCGCCCCCGGUAUGCCAGCCCCGCCCCCACGGGCACACAGCAGCUAGCUCCGCCUCUGCCUGUAACCUCACUUUUUGCAGUGAGGGAACUGCCAGAAGGCCCUCGGCGCUGGACCUCAGUGUCCGGGUAGAACGAUGGGGGUGGAGACGCUCCUUCAGGUAUACUGGACCGAGGCCGUUUAGGGAUUUAAAGGUCAGCAACAACACUUUGAAUUGUGCUCGGAAACGUACUGGGAGCCAAGGUAGGCCUUUCAGGACUGGUGUUAUAUGGUCUCGGUGGCCACUCCCAGUCACUUCCAGGUGAAAACCCUUUUAUUCCAACAGGCUUUUGGGAACUGACUGCUUAUAAUGCUUGCGAACAUGAUCCCUAGCUUGUGAGCAUGGCACCAGCAUUCUGUGGGGCAUGCUGACAUCAUGCGCGCAUGUUGCGAGGCAUGCAAGCACGGCAUGUUGACGUAGUUUGGCCCAGCAUGCAUGGUCCUUUAUGGCCCAUAGCUCUGGCUGGGUGACUACAAACUGCAUUUCAUGAAUGCUAGGACGCCAAGACACUUAGAAGUUAGGUCAUUCUAGGGAACUGAGACAUCCUGUUUAGCAACUAGAUGGGGAGGAGGAUGUUUGGAUAAGUCCAAAUAAUUCAGAAAAAGUGAGCACUAGGGCUUGAACGAAGCAUUCUGUAUCAAUGAAAUUAUUUGUUUCCAUUACAAUCUUGAAUCUGUGGUUCUUUGAUAUUGCGUAUGCCUCAGUUUGACUCAAUUAGAAUCAAGUUUCUCUGCGUGUUUUAGAGGGGAGUGUUUUGCUUUGUGUUUUGCCAAAAGAUAGAUACGCCUCUCUGUCUCUCUGUCUCUCUCUCCCUCCCUCCUUCAUUCAGACCCACACAGUAUUCUGCAGAGAAGUGACCCAAAUGACUUCUUUCUUUCCCUCUAGGAUAUUGGAAGCUUCUUACAGAGGUAAGCAGAAAAUAAAAGAAAAUGAUCCUCUCACUAUUGAGAGUAAUUAAUAUUUAAAUAUUAGGGUAAUUAAUUUUUAAAUAUUCCCUUAGAGAAAUUAAUCUUCAACUAUACAACAUGUUUCAGACUCCUGCAACCUCUUUCUCAUCUACAAAAUAUGCAAUCACAUUUUAUGAUGAUGAAAUACCCCGUCACCCAUACCAUUAAUUAUGGAAAUACUGUACGCCACAUGAUUUACAAGUAUUAUUUCAUUUUAAAAUAUCAUAAUAAUGUCUUAAAAGAGAGGGCAAGUUUUCACUGGGUAAGCCUUCCUUACCCUCAUAUAGUCUGUGCAUUUGUUGUUUAGUCGUGUCCAACUCUUUGUGACCCCCUGGACCAGAGCACGCCAGGCACUCCUGUCUUCCACUGCCUCCCGCAGUUUGGUCAAACUCAUGCUGGUAGCUUCGAGAACACUAUCCAACCAUCUCGUCCUCUGUCGUCCCCUUCUCCUUGUGCCCUCCAUCUUUCCCAACAUCAGGGUCUUUUCCAGGGAGUCUUCUCUUCUCAUGAGGUGGCCCAAGUAUUGGAGCCUCAGCUUCACGAUCUGCCCUUCCAGUGAGCACUCAGGGCUGUGCAUAUAUAUAAACACACACACUAUUUUUCUCUUUUUAAAUGAUUAAUUUUAAUUGGGCCUAAUCCUAAAAUCUCUUACUGCCUUGGAAGCAGAGGUGGCCCAAUAUGUUUUGUUGCCUGAGGCGAACCAAAACAUAGCACCCUCCUCUUUGCCAAGAAAAAAGGGGUGACAUCAGGAACAAGAGCAGAAGGAAGAUCAACAUUGAGAUCUGCUGCCCCUGUGGAUUCUGCCACCUGAGGCAGUCGCCUCACUUUGCCUCAUGGGUGGGCUGGCCCUGAUUGGAAGGAAGGUGGUUGAUGUUGUUCUUCUCCAUCAGGUCUCAAGCAAAGGAGAAGUUGGAAAACCUUCCUGCGCCUUUCCCCUCUGCACUGAAGUGGAAGAUCUGGGAUUUCUGCGAUAUAAAUCCCUUUCUGGAAGGUGCCAUGAAGCAGUUCAGAGGUACUAAGAAUGGCUUCAAUGGUUUUAUAGUGGGCAUUAAAAAAAUAUAUGUUCGUGGAAAGCUCCAGGUCACUUGUAAUAUUAGCUGGGCCAGGAAGAUGGAAGAUGGGACGGCCAGCUGAAAAAGCAGCAAUUUUAUUUCAUCAUGAAAAGGGGAGUGAUCAACCUGCAAACUACAAACUACCCAGCAUUGCUGAACAGUGCAAGCCUUGCACUGUCAGAAAACAUUGUUCCAUCUGCUUCAGUAUUGUCUACACUGACUUGCAGUUCAUUCCCCUGGUUCAGGAAGGCUGAGCUUCCUUGGAGUGGCUGUUUCAGCAAUGAAGCUGCUCUGACCAAGAACUUCUAUUCACCCCUUCCCGUCUCUCAAACAGGCCUUGAUUCACGCAGGUGCUUUAAUACACCUCACAGCCUCUCAUACUGCUAGCCAAGAGCUGGAGAGCCCCAGAGCUCAUGCCUGGGCUGCAGUCUAUUCAAUUCCUGGGCACCCAAGAGGGUGGCAGGAGGUGACUAAGAUCCAGUCAGUAACUCUGGCAAGUGAGAUCUCUGAUCCUGGGGCAGGGGUGUCUGGAUCUGACAGCUCCUCAAGGCUGCUGGUGAUGGAAAGAUCUGUUGGAUGGGAGGCAGUUUUUCUCUAAGGAGACACCAUGUCCUUAUUCUGGACAUUGACACUAAUACAUCCCCCCUACUUAUCCAAGCUGUAGUGGUGUGAAAGCCAACAUGGUGGCUUCCAGAUGUUUUUGACAACAACUCCCAUCAGCCUCAGCCAGCAUGGCCAGUGCUUAAGGAUUAUGGGACUUGUAGUCUGGAGGACACCUCUGGUUGCCUGACCUCUGAUAUAAUGUUAUGAGUUCGUAUUGUUGUUACCAGAUUGUUAUAAGGACACUGGUGUGGCGCUAAGUCUCUGCUCCCUUUUCUUGUCUAGACUCUCUGGGAUCAGGACUUCAGCUGAGAAAAGGUAUGUCAUUUCAGGGUCUGCUGGAAGCACAAUUCCUGGGAGAGAGGGGCUUUUUUCUCCAAGUGACCAGGCCAUUGGGCCUACUCUGUCCAUGUCAGUUCUCCCUGGCUAGCACUUUCUAUGUCUGCCAUACAUGUUUCUGCCGCUUCCAAUGAGCUAUAACUUUUACCUGAGAUUUCACAUUCACUCUCUUCUGUGGGCAGUGAUAAUUUCCAAGUUGCUCAAGGAGGCAAUACAGACAGGUUGAACAUGGGUGUUGGCACACGGCUUAAACACAAGCAGACAAGUCCGCUGCCCCACAUCCGAUCUCCAGCAAGAGGCAGUCAACAGCAUGAAAUGCUGUAAGCAUACAGAACCCAGACUCAGAGCAUUGAAUGUCUGCCUCUGCCUCAAACUUCAGUUUUUCUUCAUGGAGAGAUACCUAGACGAUAUCCUUAACUAAGUGUGUGGGGUGGAGGGACUCAUGCCCCCAUUUCUGGACCUUCCCAAUAAUUUUAGCCAUUUAGCCAGGAAUCUCUCCGACCAAAAUGAUACUGUGCCAAUUAGGCCUGUGAAGGGAGAGCCAACCAGCCCAUAAUCCAGGCAUCAAAAAACCAAAUAGAAGGACAAGUUUUCAACUAGUACCUAAAACUAUACUACAUGGACAGACCCUCCAAGUGCCCCUAUUUUCCAGGGCCACCUAUGAUUUUGAGAAGCCAUCCCGAUUUCUGAUUUGAUCCCGGAAUGUCCCGCUUUUCCUUAGGACCUCCCUAUUUUCAUUGGAGAAAUGUUGGAGGGUAUGGAGUUAUCCAAACCCUGAGCCGUCUGAAGGCAAUCCUGUAUAGGGAAGAUUUUUUAAAAUGUUUAAUGUUUUGUUAUGUUUUUGUGUAUGUUGGAAGCUUCCCAGCAUAGCUGGGGCAAGCCAAUAAGAUGUGUGGGGUAUAAAUAGUAAAAUUAUCAUUAAAGAAUGGGACGUCCCUGUUUUCAUCGGAGAAAUGUUGGAAUGCACUGGGCUACUAUUACUGAGAAAACAAUCGUUCAGUAUUUAAUAAUGUUAAAGUCACAGACAUGUCACUUAAUAAAAGCCGUGCCCCUUAGUCCAGCCAUUUAUUGGCCUGGUCUUUGUUGAAAUCUUGGCUAAAUGUUUUAGCUAUGGAUCACUGGGUAGCCUUUAGACAAGCCACUCUGAAAUAUGGAGAUAAUAAUAAUCCUGAUUUGCCUUAUAGAGUUGCUGUAAACAUUAUAAUUAUAUAAUGCAUGUGCAAUGCUUUAAAUACUUGAAAGCGUGGCACACAUGUGAAUACCUGAAGGAGCGUCUCCACCCCCAUUGUUUUGCCCGGACACUGAGGUCCAGCGCCGAGGGCCUUCUGGCGGUUCCCUCACUGAGAGAAGCCAAGUUACAGGGAACCAGGCAGAGGGCCUUCUCGGUAGUGGCACCCUCCCUGUGGAAUGCCCUCCCACCAGAUGUCAAACAGAACAACAACUACCAGACUUUUAGAAGACAUCUGAGGGCAGCCCUGUUUAGGGAAGCUUUUAAUGUUUAAUAGGCUGUUGUAUUUUAGUGUUUUGUUGGAAGCCGCCCAGAGUGGCUGGGGAAACCCAACCAGAUGGGCAGGGUAUAAAUAAAUAAAUAAAUAAUAAUAAUAAUAAUAAUAAUAAUAAUAAUAAUCUUUAUUAUAAACCAAAGGAAGCAUCCCAGUCCAGGAUGAGGUCCUGUUGAUUUCAGAGGGCGUUGUUUUUCCGUAUUACGUGUCUAGAGAAAAGUCAAGCCUCCCAGCUGACCUUGUUCGUCUUCUCUUUCCUCAUCUGCCCCCACAGAAAAUGUAACUUUGGAUCCCGACACAGCAAAUCCCUGGCUCCUCUUGUCUGAGGAUCAUAAGAGUGUGAGGCGAGGAGGAGAACGUCAAGUUCUGCCCGACAGACCUGAGAGAUUUAACAACUAUUACUACGUAUUGGGUCGUGAGGGGUUCACAGCAGGCAGGCAUUUCUGGGAAGUCACCGUGGGGAGCGAUGAGGGGUGGGCUGUGGGGGUUGCCAAAAGUUCUGUCAAGAGGAAGCAGGUGAUCACUGCUGGUCCCGAAGAAGGGGUCUGGGAUCUGGGGAAGUGGGGAGGCGCAUACAGGGCUGCCUGUCUCGGUUCACGGACGGUUUUGCCCCUGAGUUGCGAACCCAGGAGGAUCCGAGUGACCCUGAACUGUGAAGGGAGGCGGAUGGCCUUUUACGAUGCCGAUAGAGCAGCCCGCCUCUGCACGUUCUCAGCAGCCUCCUUCUCAGGAGAGACCCUCCAGCCCUUGUUUUCUGUGUUCAGUAAGGGCCAUCUAAACCUGGCUGCCUAA